GCGCGGUGUUGAUCGGAGCCAUUGAGAAGCAGAAAUUCGCUCCUCGGACUGCUGCAGAGCUUAGCGGGGCCGACGGCCCGCGGGAACGUCGUGGAUCUGGACCCCCGGAGCGGGGUGGAAAACGGGGUGCUGCGGUCUACAGCACGGCGGGGUGCGAAUUAGACGAGGUCUACAUCCUCAACCGAGACUCAGCGGCGCGGUUGACGAUUUCCUCUCCUCUGGAGGCGCACAAGAGCUACACGUUGGUCUACGCCAUGGUGGGCAUGGACGUGGGUUUCGAGAAUCCCUUGUUCGCCAGCAUCGAGCUGAGCUACGAGGAGGUCGACAAGGAUCCCCAUGCGGAGCCUCCACAGAAGAUGCUGACCUUGUACGAGAUGGACCUGGGCUUGAACCACGUGACCCGGAAAUUCGCCGACGCCGUGGACCACAGCGCCCACGCGCUGAUCGCCGUGCCGGGCGGCGUGGACGGCCCCAGCGGCGUGUUGGUGUGCUGCGAGAACUGCUUGGUCUACAAGAAGCAGGGCCAUCCCGAUGUCGUUUGUGCCAUUCCCCGACGUUUGGAGAUGGCGCAAGAGAAGGGCUUGCUCAUCGUGGCGCAUGCCACGCACAAGCUGAAGGACUUCUUCUUCUUCCUGAUCCAGAGUGAGUACGGCGAUCUGUACAAGGUCACCUUGACCCACGACGAGGACAUGGUCUCGGAGGUGCAGGUGAAGUAUUUUGACACGAUCCCACUCAGCAAUGCCUUGUGCGUGCUGAAGACAGGCUUCCUCUUCGCUGCGGCGGAGUUCGGAAACCACGCCUUGUAUCAGUUCCAGGGCAUCGGCACCGAUGAGGAGGAUCCGAUGUGCACCUCCUCCCAUCCUCACGGAGCGCAGGCCCUAGUGGCCUUUAAACCGCGCGCCUUGAAGAACUUGAUGCUCUACGAUGAGAUGCCUUCCUUGUCUCCCAUCAUCGACAUGAAGGUCCUGGACGCCACAGGCGAAGGAAAGCCGCAGCUCUACGCCAUGUGCGGCCGUGGCCCGCGCGCCUCGUUGCGGGUGCUGCGGCACGGGUUGGCCGUGACGGAGAUGGCCGUGUCCGAGCUUCCGGGGAAGCCGAACGCGGUGUGGACGGUGAAGGCGACGAUGGACAGCGAGUACGACCGAUACAUCGUGGUGUCCUUUGUAGAUGUGACUCUGGUGCUCUCCAUUGGUGACACCGUCGAGGAGGUCUUGGACAGUGGUUUCCUGGCCACAGCGCCCUCGCUCUUGAUCCAACUCAUGGCGGAUGACUCCUACGUGCAGGUGCAUCCCACGGGGAUCCGCCACUUGCUCCCCCGACGGACGAAUGAGUGGCGCGUGCCGGGGCAGAAGCGCAUCGUGACCGCCGCGGCCAACGAGCGCCAGGUGGUCAUUGCCCUGUCGGGUGGUGAGAUCCUGUACUUUGAGAUCGAUGAGAGCCACACGCUCAACGAGGUGGCGAAGCGAGACAUGAACUACGAGGUCCUGUGCAUUGCCGUCCAGCCGGUGCCCGAGAACCGCCAGCGGGCCUCCUUCAUGGCGGUCGGAGGUGACCCAUGGCUGCCCAUGGCCGAUGAAAGCCGAUGGCCUCAGAUGGCAGCCCCGGGCUACCAGGGCCGAGUGGAGUACGGACUUGAACUCCUCACCUGCGUCCCGCGCUCCACCGCGCGCGCGACUCGCGCCACUCGCGCCAAACCCCCCAUGCGCCCCGUGCUGCCGCAUGGGCGGCCCUUCGUGCGCCGCGGCCCGGCACGGCUGAAGAAGGAGACGAAGGUCCGGGGACCGGUCCCGGGUGAAGAUCGAUUGAGGAAGCUCCUUUGGCGACGAGAGGCGGUGGCGGUGGCGCGUGGAGUGACCUGGAAGGGCGUGGUGCCCGGUCACUCGGACUGGGAGCCGCACUUCUUGGAGACCGACGGUUGGCAGGGCUACGAAGAAAAACCUGCUGGCAGCGGCGGCCAAGCCGCUGGAAACACCAAGUGGUGGCACGUGCCGGACGCGCGCAUCCGUGAGCUGCUGGGUCUCCCCACGACUGAGCUGCGCACGGAGCCGGAGAAGGUGGUCGAGACCACGUUGUCUCCGGAGCCAGCUGCGGAACCGGCGAUGGUGCAGGAAGAUCCGGAGCCAGAGAAGAAGGAGAAGGAGAAAAAGUGGGCCGUCAAGGAUGAGGAUGUGGAACUCUUGAUCCGACACCUUCAGGCAGAGCUGCCUGAGCUGCCUGAGCUACACACGGCUGGCCGCACCAUCCCCGUCACACCCGGCGCUGCGGAGAAAACGACGCCACGGACGUUGCGCCUCCGCUUGCGCCUGGGCCGUGAACAUCUCCUCCUCCGCGCGCGCGAGGAUCUGCCGUUGAGCACCGAUGGGUUGGCGCUGAGCUCCGCCGACCCGCCGAGGGCCGCGCCGAACGCGACGUGGCGGCCGCGGCGGCGGGCGAGCUUGGCCCUGGAGCGGUUGGUGGGGCGCCGUGAACAGCGAGCGAGGCACGGCAGCGAGCUCCCGGAGGAGGAGCCGAAGUCGUUGAAGGCAUGGAUUGAGUCGCUGACGGCGAUACCCAUGGCGCAUCAACGGCUGAUUCACCAGAAGCACAUCUUGCCGAAUGGCACGCUCAAGGAGCUGGACAUCCAGGAUGGCCAUGAGCUGCUCCUCGUGCCCAAGCCGACCAUGCGCAGCGCCCACGAGGCGACCAUGAAGAGAAAGGUCAAGAAGGGACUCUUGCCGAGUGGAAGUCGUCCGCGUCAAAUGUUCUCGGCGCAGGGGCACCAGGUCGUUGAGCCGUGGAGGUGGGACAGCAAGCCUCAGCUGUUGGCACAGGCACAGCGACCGCACUUCAAUGGCUUCGCCUCCAGCGACGUGCAGUUGCCGAACCCGGACGACAGCGCGCUGCAGCGUUUGAGACGUGUGGACAACACCAUCCGAAUCUUGUCCUUGGAGCGGGAGCGACCACUGAAGCAGCUCAGUGCGCAGGCCUUGCAGUCGCCGGCCGAGAGCGUGUGUCUCCUGGAGAUGAAGAACUUGGGCCAGGCGGAGGACGUGCACAGCUUGUUCUUGAGCAUCGGCCUGAGCAGUGGAAUCCUGAUCCGAUCCGUGGUGGACUUUGUCACGGGCACCCUGAGCGAUCAGCGGUCCCGGUUCCUGGGCGCCAAGGCGGUGCGCUUGCACAAGGCCGUGACCCGCGGGGUGCCUGCCAUGUUGGCCUUGAGCACCAAGCCCUGGUUGUCCUACAACUUUCAGGGCAAGAACCACUGCACUCCCAUGAGCUACGAGCAGUUGGAGUACACCUCCUCCUUCGCCUCGGAGCAGUGUCCCGAAGGUUUUGUCGGCAUCUCCGGCAACACGCUGCGCAUCUUGGCGUGUGAGCGCCUCGGUGAGCUCUUCAACCACACGGUGAUGAACCUCUCCUACACCCCACGGCGCUUCGUGCCCCUGCCGCCGGCGGUGCUGCCGCCGCCCGGGCAGCCAACGACGGAUCCCAUCAUGUGCGGCGCCCCGGGGAGCGUCAGGGGAGCGCCACGGGGGGUCGCUGCCGUGCCGUGCUUGGGGUUCGGGACGACGAUGGAGCAUCCGACAUUCCGGGUUUGA